AUGUUAGAAAUCGUCAGCAAAGUCCCCCUCGUCGUCGGCGUCGCGGCGCUCCUCUUCCUGCUGGUCGUGGGAAACCUGCUUAAACAGGUGUUAUUCAAGGACCCGACAAAACCGCCCGUUGUUUUCCAUUGGAUUCCGUUUCUAGGCAGCACGAUCGUGUACGGUAGAGAACCCUUCAAGUUUUUUGAAGAUUGCCAGAAAAAGCGAGCGAGUGGUGCUGAUAGAAGCCAGUACGGCGAUGUCUUCACUUUCAUCCUGCUUGGGAAACCAACGACAGUCUGUCUGGGAGCGAGUGGGAAUAACUUCGUUCUCAACGGGAAACAUCGCGAGCUCUCGGCGGAAGAGGUGUAUUCGCCCUUGACGACGCCAGUCUUUGGAACGGAUGUCGUGUUUGAUUGUCCGAAUGAGAAAUUCAUCCAACAGAAGAGGUUUGUCAAGUUCGGUCUCACAGCCGACGCCUUCCGCUCAUACGUGGAUCUGAUCGCCCUUGAGACGGAAGAAUUCAUCGCAAAGAGGUCAGAACUGCAGGGAACAAAUGGGAUCCUCGAUGUGCCGCCCGCCAUGGCCGAGUUGACCAUCUAUACGGCAUCGCGCUCGCUGCAGGGCAAGGAAGUGCGCGCGCAGUUUGAUUCGACCAUCGCUGACUUGUUCCAUGACCUGGAUAUGGGCUUCACCCCAAUCAACUUCAUGCUUCCCUGGGCACCACUGCCCCGUAACCGGGCCCGCGACCGCGCGCAUAAGAAGAUGGCCCAAGUCUACAUGGAAAUCAUCCAACAGCGGCGGCUGCAGGGAGGGAAAAAGGAGACCGACACUGAGGACAUGAUCUGGAAUCUGAUGGGGUGCAAAUACAAGGAUGGGCAGCCCAUCCCAGACAAGGAGAUUGCGCACAUGAUGAUUGCUCUCCUGCUGGGCGGUCACCACUCGUCGAGCGCAACCAUCUCGUAUGCGAUGCUGCAGAUGGCGUCCAACCCGGCCAUCGUCGAGGAGUUGUACGCCGAGCAAGUGCGCGUGCUGGGUCCCGGAGACGCGCCACUCACCUACGAGGGCUUGCAGAAGCUGACGCUGCUCGCCUUCACCGUCAAAGAAACGCUCCGCCUGCACAACCCGGUCCACUCCAUCAUGCGGCAGGUGAAGGUGCCUCUCUUCAUGGAGGGAACCCCCUACGUGAUCCCUCCCAGCCAUGUCGUCAUGGCUUCGCCUGCAAGCAGCGCCCGCGAUCCGCAGUAUUUCCCCGAACCGAUGACAUGGAACCCGCACCGCUGGGAGGCUGUCAAACGGGAGGACAUUGACGACAACAACGACGAUGAAGAAGAGGAAGACAACACCAAGGGGCUGACGGGCAAAGGGUCUAAUAGUCCGUAUCUCCCCUUUGGAGGCGGGAGACACCGCUGCAUCGGCGAACGGUUCGCCUACAUCCAGCUGGGUGUCAUCCUCGCCUUGUUUGUGCGCAACUUCAAGAUCAAGAACGUCGCUGGUGUCAAGGGCACCCCGGAGACAGAUUUUUCAGUUAGUUGCCCCUUCUUCUUAUACGUCUAUGCCUUUCAGUCCAAUGCUAAUCUUGAAUAG